GGAUUGCUCUAUUGCCAUUCUACUAGAGCUUUUAUCUGUGGACAACAUUAGUUUCUCCGUGGCAAUCUGUUAUCUGUGGACUCUACAAUGGCUUGUGCUUUACCUCCUGGACAAUGGUACAACAAAGCUUCUGAAGAACUGGAGAAGAUGGUGGGACAAAACGAAGCAAAACGUCUUAGAGAAAAUGAAUUUCCUAAUCUCCCCUGCGCUAUGUUCUUGGCCAACCAGGAGCACUUGAAAUUAAAAGGUAAUGCAAUCUGGACCAAAAAUUAUGAAGCAUCUCUCAAGUGCGGCCGAAGGUCUACAAACAUGGCUGGUGUGGGUGGUUUUGGAACACUGACUGUUGCACGAAAUGGUCAGUUUCCACCCAACGAAAUCUUUAACCCUGGAAGUGUAUAUCCACUUCGACUACGUCACUCCAACGCUCUUGGGACUGAUGACCGAGCUAUGGACAUUCUUGGUGUCGCAAUCAAACUGGCUGAUGUUGAUGAGGGUGGACCACUGGAUUUGCCCUUCUCCUCUGGAGAAGGUCUGCUCUAUUGUAAUGGCCCCGCUCUUGAUGAUUUAUUUCAGGGUCCUCUCAGUGGAGAUCUUGAGAAGUACAAAGCUUACUUGAAGAAGAAUGGUAGCUACUAUCGAAAUCUUGUCAACAUGAUGCGUCGUGGUCCGAGCUCCUACGAUCAAGUUCACUACUAUGCUCAACUGACCUACAAAUACUGUGGUCUAGAUGGCAUCCAACGUCAUUGCCGCUACCGUAUUGUACCUGCUAAUGAUGGUCCUGAGAGUGGACUCCUUGAUGACGAAGAUCAAAAAUUUCCCUGGAAUGGAGGACCUCGUCCUACCGAUACUCGCUCUCCAAACUACUUGAAACAGGAAUUUGCUUCUCGUUUGGAGAAGGAAACAAUUGAGUAUCGGUUGCAGAUACAAAUUCGCAACCGUGAAGGCAGUGAUGACAAAGAAAUCUCGCGCACAUCACGCUAA